UUUUCUGAUAGGAACAGUUGUUUGUUUGUGGAAAUUCUCUCAAUUAUGCGAAUUUUACUUUGAAACUAUACUGUUGAACUUGGCUAUUUGUGCAAGCUGGAUCUAGGUUGUGCAAACUGAAAUAUUCAGUGGGUCAAAGGUCUUGUCAUUGGUUGAAUGAGAAGUUCCUGGCAUGCAUUUGGCAUUGAUAACACAGCCAAGCUACAUACAGGGAAUAUGAUAUUCUAUAAAUAACAUACAGCAUAACAGUGAUAAAAAACAGAUAUAAUCUCAGUGGAGCUCUUUACCUUUUUCCCAACCUAAAUUUAGUAAAGGCAGGUGAGAAUCUAGAAAUUGGAAGCUAAAUGUCCUAGCAUAUACAUUGUGCUUUCAAAUAACAUUGACAUGUAAAGAGGUGGAGGAUUCUGGAGUGGCUGGAUACUGUAAUUUUUUUUAAUAAUUACGUGCCGCUUAGCAGAUAUGGCAGACAGUCUGAUUAUUCCUGUUAGCAGGCUGCAUGUUGUCACAUUGUCUAGUCUUGUGCUGCUGGGAAGAUGAGAAAGAAGUUUGGUUUAAUGCUGUGGAUAACGGGCAUUCAUUAAAAAAUACAACGUGGCAGGCCCUAAACCUGAUUCUGCUCUAGUACAAGUCAAUUCGAGCAGAAUAAAAAGCUGUUCCAUCUACAUGUUCAUUACUGCAGGAGCAGAUCUGAAGAAAAGAAAUCACGAGCCUGUUGGGCCUGUGCGAAUAUUUCUACUUGUCAUUAAUCGGUUAGCAAUGGUCCGUAGUGGAAAAAAUGGUGGACUCCACCUGAAACAGAUUGCAUACUACAAAAGAACGGGGGAGUACCAUCCCACAACGCUAUCAAGUGAAAGAAGUGGAAUCAGAAGAGCAGCCAAAAAAUUUGUUUUCAAAGAAAGUAAAUUGUUCUACGUUGGAAAAGACAGAAAACAAAUGCGCCUAGUAAUUGUCUCAGAUGAAGAAAAGAAAAAGGUGCUUCAGAAAUGCCAUGAAAAUGCUGCAGGCACUCAUCAUGGCAUAUCAAGGACGCUGACUUUAGUGGAAUCUAAUUACUACUGGACCUCUGUUACAAAUGAUGUCAAACAGUGGGUGUAUGCAUGUCAGCAUUGCCAAGUGGCAAAGAGUACAACCACCACCUCACUCAAACCAUACCCUAUCAAAGCAGAAGACCCCUGGACAGCAGUCACUGUAGCCUUAAUGGGUCCAUUUAGAGCUACCAAAAGAAGCCACAAGUAUAUCAUAAUCAUGAUAGAUUUGUUCACAAAAUGGACUGUUAUCUUGCCUCUGCAUGAUACUUCAGCAGCUGAAAUUGCUAAGGCAAUCAUCAGUGUGUUUUUCUUAUAUGGACCACCUCAAAAAAUGCCUAUUGACCAAGGGAAGGAGCUUGUUCAUCAGAUAAACAAGGAACUAUUUGCACUGUUUGGAAUGAAACAAAUAGUAUUGUCUUAUCCUCAAAUCGAUGAAGUAAGUGAAAGAACAUGCAAGACAGUCAAAGCUUUCCUUAACAAAUACUGCAUAGAUCAUCCAAACGAUUGGGAUGAACAUUUGUCUGCUAUUGCCUAUGCUUUCAAUUUGACUAAUUUGGAGCCAGAUCAAAACACCCCAUAUUUCCAAAUGUUUAGUCGUAACCCAUAUGUUGUUGAACCAACGAACAUAUGUGUGGAAGGAGAAGACAGCAUGUUUGCGAAAAUAUUUGAAGCAACUAGAGGAGCCAGUCAAGCACUUGAAGAAGAGAAAACCUCAGAUGGCCAGGUGGAGAAAACCACUUCAGGGGAACAGAAACCUAGAAAUAAAAUCAAUGUCAAAAGAAAGCCAAAGCAAUUAAGUACCCUUCAACUUAAAGUUGGUCAUGAAGUCCUCAGACAAAGAAAAAAUUGGUGGAAAGAUGGUCGUUUCCAGUCAGAAUGGGUUGGUCCUUGUAUUAUAGAUUAUAUCACAGAAAAUGGCUGUGCAAUAUUAAGAGAUGCCACAGGAUCCAGGUUGAAAAGGCCCAUCAAGAUGUCUCACCUCAAGCCAUACAUAAGAGGGUCCAAUGAAAAAGACGACCGCUACUUCUUACAAGGUGCAGUAGUUGUUGACCAUGACUACAUUGGCUUAUCUGAGAGAUCAUGUAAUGCAGGCCAGCAGGACCCUGCUGCUGAAGAGGAAAUUAAUGCCUAUGUGAAAGGUGUUACGUCUGCUGUGCAAACAUCACCUUCAGCCUGCAAAGACCGAGAAUCAGUAGAUGGUGGACAUCAGUCUGAGCUGACAGAAGAUCAUUGCGUUGAACCAAACAAUGCAAAGCCAGAACAAUGGCCUUCACCUUGCUGGACACUUCAGACCAAGAUAGAAGAUACUUGAGCAGUCUCAUGCCUUUUCAUUGACAAACAGUUUUUAGCACACGUGGCAAACAGAUGAAGUUUGAAUAGCUCCAAGUUCCUCAGCCAAAUCCACUUUGCUGUAUGAAUUUAAGAAUACUGAAGUGGGCAAUAAAAGCAAUCACUCUGUUAACAAAAUGUAGGCACACCUGGUAAAAGCACUUGUUCUACUGUAUAUAAUUAAAAACAAGUAAAUGGCCAGUGUUAAUUUAA